AUGGAGACCCAACGCGACAACUCAAUUCCAUUUCUAUACGUUCUCAUCACUAAGACACCGUCUGGAUUCCCAUCUCACCAGGUGUACCGAAAACCUACCCACACAGACCGCUACCUCAACUUCCGCUCACACCACCACCCGUCCAUCCACCAAUCAGUCGCCGACACUCUUGUCAGACGAGCCCACCAACUCAGCGACAAGGCACUCUUACAUCAAGAACUCAAGCACGUGACCAAUGCACUCACCACCAUCAACCAUUACCCCAGAAGAAGGAUCAAGACUCAACCAUCCAACCACCAACCCAGCACCAACAGCACCGAAAACCCAUCCGAAACCAAGCCCGUCGCCACCAUAGUACUACCCUACAUCGGCAAGACUUCACACCGACUACAACGCAUCCUUCACUCUGCCAACAUCCUCGUCAGACACCAAUCCUCUCGUAAGCUACACUCCAUCCUUCACUCUCAUAAGGACAAGCACCCAUCCAACAAGCAACCAGGCGUCUACAAGAUCCCCUGCGACUGCGGCAAAGUCUACAUUGGAGAAACCGGCCGAGACUUCGACAAGACUCACCACCGACGCAGCGACUGGGACCGAUCCGCCAUCGUCAAGCACGCACAACAAGAGCAUCACCGCAUAGAAUGGGAGAAGAGCCACCUAAUCACCAACAUCCGGCACUGGAAUACCAGAAGGGUCAGGGAAGCCAUUGAGAUACAUCAACACAACACUGUGCCUCAAGACCCUGGCCUCCACAUCAACAGCAUCUGGCACCCAAUCCUACGUCACCAUCAAACUUCUAACCAAUCCACAAACAACCAGCCGUCCACCGUCACUCCACCGAGCCCUCCUACCCAACACAGCAGUCUGAUUGCAUCACCAACUCAACCAGGGACUCCGCCGACGCACACACCACCGCCACCGACACCUCGCUACAAGCUUACCCGACGAGUCCGCCGACCAACACGCACAGAACGCCACCAUUGA